AUGAAUAAGUUGUUUAAAGGUGUAAACUCUUCAGUUACCAACAAAGACGGUUUAAUUAAAAAAUCGAUAACUACGCAGUUAUCAAAUAGUGUGAAAGCUAUUCAGUAUUGUGGAGUCGAAGAAAAUGGACUUAAUAAAGCGGAGGAUGUUACUGAAGCUUCAAACACGUUGUGUAUGACAAUAGAGGCCAUUUUUCUGCACGGAUUGAGGGAUUCGUUGAGUAGGAGGUUCAAACGGGCGAUUGCUGAUGUUGACGAACGACCAGAACCCAGCUUUUGGGCCCCUUUGCUUGUCAUUUCCCACCGGCAGAUCAUUGAUCAGAUCUUGCACCUCUCCCAAAUAAUGACCGAAGUUGGCCAAUGCCGCGCAUGGAUCCGUUUAGCCUUAAACGACUGCCUGCUUUCCUCUUACCUCAUGACGAUGCGCCGGGACCCUGGAGCUUUGAAAACCUUCUACCGCCCCACUGCAUACGUCCGAGACAGCGAGCUUUUGGACGUAGCUCAAAGGCUAAUCGAAGGAGUAGAGGCCUUCAAGUCCUUCACUUUACCAUGCAACUCCAGCCUUUUGAACACUUGGCAGUUGCCAAGUCUCUACCUGGCCGGUAUUUGGGCACCCACCCUGAAAGCCUGUCCCGUAGCCCCCUGCGACGACGUAGCUCAAAUGGUCGAAGAAAUCAAAGCCGUACCGGAAAGCAACUCGGAAACGUGUUCGUUAAGCUCGGCGAUGUCCAUAACGUCGCAGAAUUCAGGGUUGAGGCAAAUGGUGGCGCUCAAUGAAGAUGAAGCUUUGAAGAUAAUUCUGGCGAAGCAUAAAGAUACAGGCGUGGAUAAUAAAAAUUUGGAGAAAAGUGACGAAAUGAAGUCGUCGCUUUCCGAGAGUGAAGGGAGAAGUAGUGAUUCGGAAAAUGUUAAUUAUAACUUAGGGAAUUCGCUGAAUAGGAGAACAGGGUGGUCGUUUGAUGAGAGUCAGCCGGUUGAAGAGGUUGAAGAGUCGGCUUCGAAUGUCGAAGAAAUCGCGCCUCCAAAGAAAACGGAAUCUAAGUCAAUGGAAGGGAGUUUCAACGCGUUGAUUGAAAGUUAUAGUAUGUUAAGUGGGGCGUAUAUUAAAACACCAGAUUUGAGAGAAGUUUGGCAGAAGUUCGAAGAUCAUAAAAUUAACGAAACAGAUACACCAAAUAAUAAUAAUGUUGGACAAUCAGAGACUUUUGAAAGCGUUGAUUCUUUGUUGGUCAAAACUGCGAUACCAUUAGCAACACAAAUCGGUAAAAUUUGUAGGGAACGAGGUUUAGAUACACAAAAUUAUGAGUGCGCAGGCUGUAAACACCCUUUAGCAGUUACCACAAAACCUAGAGCAUGCGCAUUCACGGGUGAGUAUUUCUGUGAUUCUUGUAUGAGUGAAGAGGAGAUCCCAAUUCCCGCCCGAAUUAUCCACAAUUGGGACUUCAAACCCUACCCUGUGUCACAGAAGGCCUUCAAUUACAUAAACGAAGUCAAAGAUCACCCAACUAUAGACUUUAAAGUUCUAAAUCCUUACGUUUAUGGCGUCGUUGAAGAGAUGGCGCAACUUCAAAUCCUUAGAAACCAAUUAAAUUUCCUUCGAGCCUACUUAUAUACGUGCAGAGAGCCUAUAAUAGAACAAUUACAGAAGCAAAUGUGGCCACGUGAAUACAUGUACGAACACGUGCAUCAAUAUUCCAUUUCGGAUUUGGCAGAAGUAUCUAGUGGCGCUUUGGCCCAACAUUUACAGUCAGUAGUUACCUUCGGCAAAGACCACGUGGUGGGUUGUUGGCUGUGUAGUCAAAAGGGUUUCGUCUGUGAAGUUUGCAACAAACCCAAAGCAUUAUUUCCAUUUGAUGUCGAAAAUAUUUAUCGCUGUGAUGAUUGUAACGCCGUGUAUCAUAAAGGAUGCCUUAAUUCAUCUAAACCUUGUCCAAAGUGUAAAAGAAGAAAGGAGAGGGAAGACUUGCCCCUCCUUGGUGCUACAAUUGAGUGACUUCGUUUCGUUAUUUUAUCGUUUUUGGAGUGGUUGUCAUUGCUUGAAUGAUUGUUUUAACAAAUUUUUAACGAGUAUAAUUAAUUUUCCAUCACAA